GACCGAUAUAUGCGCUCGUGUUUCUGUGGAUGUUGAAACAUUCAAGUUUACUCACAUUUGCAACUCAUUAUAUAGGAGUAUAUUUCGCAAUUUGUUAUCAAACUGCGAUCAAAACUAUACGUAUCUUAAAGUGACGUAAGUAAUUACUUUUGCAGGUAGUGUCUACUGUCAGUAAAUUUCAGAACUAUUCGGAAUUGAUAAUUGUUCUCAAGUGGAAUUAUAUCCGAGUAUCUCUAGAAAAGAUUUAUCUUAUCAGUCAACUUUAUUAUAUGAACGAUUGUUCGUGAUUAUUUUCACAUAAUACUGUGAAGCUUCUUUCACAUUUCUUAACGGGAAUAUAAUAAACGUGUUGUCACAAUGGGUAAAGGAAUAGAUUUUGUCAAAACCAUUUUAAAAACCGCAAUUGAAAAAAAAGGAUUUGAUCAGUGUUUAAAGAAUUUUAAUGUGGUUUCGGCAGGCAAUGGAAACUGUAAAGUUGAAUUUACUGUUGCCGAAGAGCAUUUGAAUGCAGGAGGAACUCUCCAUGGUGGUUUUACUAGUACACUAGUUGACUGUAUUUCUACUUAUGCUCUAAUGACUCGUGGAGAUGUUGCUCCAGGUGUUUCUGUAGAUCUUCAUGUCUCGUUCAUGAAAGCAGCAUUUCCUGGCGAUGUGGUAAUAGUGGAUGCUAAAACUAUACGUGCCGGCAGGACUUUGGCCUUUCUCGAAGUGGAACUUAGAAAGAAAGAUGAAGGGAGUGUCAUUGCUCAAGGACAGCAUACAAAAUUUAUAGGACAAAUAUAAACUUUAACUAAUAAAUGCAAUGCAGUUGUUCAUGUACAGACGGUCUACUAUUGUAGAACCUAUUUAUGUACAUACUAGAAAAUAUAACACAUGACACAACAAAUAAAUGCUAAUCUGUGAGUUUUUUCAAGAUA